AUGGGUGACGCAUCCAAUCUCUCCGGUCGGGACUAUGCCAUUCAAUUAGACACCGAUGAUGUUCUUAGACAUACCCGUGACGAAUUCAAUAUCCCAUCCAAACCCGAUGUAGCACGCAAAACUCUCCCUUCAGGCGACAGUGCAGACGCGAACGAUAGAGCCAUCUACCUUGUAGGCAACUCUCUUGGUCUUCAGCCCAAACGCACGGCAGAGCGAAUUCAGCAGUACCUUGCAACAUGGCGCACCCAGGGUGUCCAGGGCCACUUCAAGACCCUUGGUGAUUCCCCUCUACCGACUUGGUUAGAUGUCGAUGCUCGCGCUGCCGAAAUGAUCGCGCCUAUUGUGGGUGGCAAGGUCAGUGAGGUGGCUGUCAUGCAGACGCUCACGGCGAACCUGCACUUCUUGAUGGCAGCAUUCUACAAACCUGAUAUCAAGGGCCGUCAUAAGAUUAUCCUGGAGGGCAAGGCAUUCCCGAGUGACCAUUAUGCAGUCGAAACGCAAAUACGCCAUCAUGGACUCCGCCCCGGAGAUUCUAUGAUUACACUCGAGCCUCCCAAUAACGAAGACAUCCUUUCCAAUGACUACAUUGAGUCCGUUAUCGAGCAACACGCUUCUACAACAGCCGUGCUUCUUCUCCCCGGUAUCCAAUACUACUCAGGCCAACUUCUCGACAUCAAACACUUGACUGCCUUUGCUCGCGAGCGUGGCAUAUUUGUCAUUUGGGAUCUUGCACAUGCGGCAGGAAAUGCACCGCUAUCCUUGCACGAGUGGAAUGUCGACGCUGCUGCUUGGUGCACUUACAAGUACCUCAACGGUGGACCAGGUUGCAUCGGUGGUGUAUUUGUUCACGAACGUCACGCACAAGUCGGGGAGGAUGGAACGCACAACGUAAGGCUUGCCGGAUGGUGGGGAAACGACAAGACAAAGCGGUUCGAAAUGAGACCCGGCUUCAUCCCCGUCCCUGGCGCAGCAGGGUUUCAGCUCAGCAACCCCUCGGUUCUCGACAUAACCUCGCUCUGCGCCUCUCUCGAAAUAUUCGAAGUCGCUGGUGGCAUGGCUCCCUUACGGGCCAAGAGCAUAAGGCUGACGGGGUACCUCGUCUCGGAACUGAAGAAGCUACCGGCGGACAUGAGCGCAUACUGGCAAAUCAUCACUCCUAGCGAGGAAGAACGCCGUGGGGCACAACUAAGCCUGCUUCUAGCCGAUGGAUUACUAGACGAUGUGAUGGCAGGUUUGGAAAGGAGGAGUGUCUUGGUUGAUGAGCGCAGACCGAACGUUAUUAGAGUUGCGCCGGCACCGCUUUACAAUACGUUUCUGGAUUGCUGGGAGUUUGUAGACGCUUUCCAGGGAGCCUUAGGUGAGGCACUGGAUAUGAAAUGGAAGAGAGAGCAGAUGGACGAGUAG